UUUGUUUUUCUUUUAAGAAACAGAUUCUGACAGAAGACUUCCAUUUGAUAAUUUGUUUAAUCAGUGCAAGUAAAAUUAGAAAACAAUGGAAAUAGAAAGUGAGCAGAUACUGAAUGUGAACCCCACAGAUCCUGAUAAUUUAAGUGACUCUCUCUUUUCUGGUGAUGAAGAAAACACUGGGACUGAGGAAAUAAGGAAUGAAAUAAAUGGAAAUUGGAUUUCAGCAUCCUCCAUUAAUGAAGCUAGAAUUAAUGCCAAGGCAAAAAGACGACUGCGGAAAAACUCAUCCCGAGACUCUGGCAGAGGCGAUUCAGUCAGUGAUAAUGGAAGUGAAGCCCUUCGAGGUGGAGUAACUGUGCCAACCAGUCCGAAGGGACGGUUGCUAGAUAGGCGGUCUAGAUCUGGCAAAGGAAGGGGACUACCAAAGAAAGGUGGUGCAGGAGGCAAAGGCGUCUGGGGUACACCUGGGCAGGUUUAUGAUGUGGAGGAGGUGGAUGUAAAAGAUCCUAACUAUGACGACGAUCAGGAGAAUUGUGUUUAUGAAACUGUAGUUUUGCCUUUGGAUGAAAGGGCAUUUGAGAAGACGUUGACACCGAUUAUACAGGAAUAUUUUGAGCAUGGAGAUACUAAUGAAGUUGCGGAAAUGUUAAAAGAUUUAAAUCUUGGUGAAAUGAAGAGUGGAGUACCAGUGCUGGCAGUGUCCUUAGCAUUGGAAGGAAAGGCUAGUCACAGAGAAAUGACAUCUAAACUUCUUUCUGACCUCUGUGGGACAGUAAUGAGCACAAAUGAUGUGGAGAAAUCAUUUGACAAGCUGUUGAAAGACCUCCCGGAAUUAGCAUUGGAUACCCCUAGAGCACCACAGUUGGUUGGCCAAUUUAUUGCUAGAGCUGUUGGAGAUGGAAUUUUAUGUAAUACCUAUAUUGAUAGUUACAAAGGAACUGUAGAUUGUAUACAGGCUAGAGCUGCUCUGGAUAAGGCCACUGUACUGCUGAGUAUGUCUAAAGGCAGAAGGCGUAAAGACAGUGUGUGGGGCUCUGGAGGCGGGCAGCAGUCUGUCAAUCACCUUGUUAAAGAGAUUGAUAUGCUGCUGAAAGAGUAUUUACUGUCUGGAGACAUAUCUGAAGCUGAGCAUUGUCUUAAGGACUUGGAAGUACCUCAUUUUCACCAUGAACUUGUAUAUGAAGCUAUUGUAAUGGUUUUAGAAUCAACUGGCGAAAGUGCAUUCAAGAUGAUUUUGGAUUUAUUAAAAUCUCUUUGGAAAUCUUCUACCAUUACAGUAGACCAAAUGAAAAGAGGUUAUGAGAGAAUUUACAAUGAAAUUCCUGACAUUAAUCUGGAUGUCCCACACUCAUACUCUGUGCUUGAGAGAUUUGUAGAAGAAUGUUUUCAGGCUGGAAUAAUUUCCAAACAACUCAGAGAUCUUUGUCCUUCAAGGGGCAGAAAGCGUUUUGUAAGUGAAGGAGAUGGAGGUCGCCUUAAACCAGAGAGCUACUGAAUAUAAGAACUCUUGCAAUCUUAGGUGUUAUAAAAAUAUAUAACUGAGUUGUAAGAGUUGUUAGCACAGGUUUUUUUUUUUUUUUUU